UUAUUAAACUUUCUCUCUUAUUAACCACUGGCAGCGGUGCGGUACGUGUGUUCUGGCCGAUGAGCCGGGAUGUCCGCGUCCUUACCUGAAGCCCACGGUCCACACUAGGCCUCCUUCUUUGCACACGGUUGAGGUUUGCUAGACGCAUAAUGUCACGUGUCCCCCGUCAUGGUAACAUACAGGGUAGUUCCAUUGCCCUAGAAAAGCCCCCGCGCUCCCCAUGCCCCACCUCAGAGAUCUCUUUCCAGUUACCACCACUGUGUGGCCACAGCCCCGCCCUGCCCGGCCCUCUGCGGCCUUCAUGGAAACGAAAGGACCCCUGAUCCCACUGGCCCUUCUUCCUUGUUUGCGUAUGUGUCCUGCGUCUGCUGGGGCCCUGGACAGCGGCCCGUGGUCUCCUGCUAAGCAGCCUGAAGGAGCCGUGUGAGGAAGACAGAAGGCACCGCCCCCGCUGGCCUGGCAAAGCCACCUGCCACCAUGCCCAAGAGAAAGGCAAAGGGAGACGCUAAGGGUGACAAAGGCAAGGCGAAGGGGGAGCCGCAGAGGAGGUCGGCGCGGCUGUCUGCCAGGCCCGCCCCCCCAAAGCCGGAAGCCAGGCCUGCCAAGGCCGCCACCAAGAAGGGAGAGAAGCUGCCCAAGGGGAGGAAGGGGAGGGCAGAGGGCGGCGCGGCGGGGACCAGGGCCGCCGAGGACCCGGCCGCCUCCCCGGCCCAGCCACAGACAGCAGAAGGCAGCGGCGACGCCAAGUGAAAUGUGGUUUUCUCAGAGCUCCGUUCUUCUGGGGACUCUGCCCUUCCAAAUACUAUUUUUCUUCAGUCAACUUUUAUAAAAAUGUAGAAUUUGCAGUUCUGUUUCAAACUUCUGUGGUUCACGUGGAAGACACAUGGACGUCGUCCCUCGUGGAAAGCGCAGACCCCACUGACUGACAGAAGGUCUCCGAAGCCGGGUUGAAAUGGCAGGGAGACGGCAUCUCCUGUCCUCACUGUUGAAGAUUAUUCUCGGUUCCCAGGAGAGAUGUCCGACACUCACCCCUGUCACCACCGUGGCUUAGACACCUUCCAGCACGGAGCAGCAGCACCUCGUGGCUACCCCGAAGCCAGCAGCACGUGGGGACUUCCCGGGACAGUAAUGACGCGGCCUCAGCACCCCAGGUCCCGCCGGUGAUAGCACCAGGCUUGCUGGCCGCGACUUCCUGAUGGCCUUGCCCGAAAGAGCCAGGAUUCCCGGUCGUAGGUGCCAGGUGACCCCAGUGGUCAUCUUGGAGGUUUUAAUUCCUUCCCGCCCCGUCGGCGUGACCUGUGAACCGACCUCACGUGCCUCGUGUGAAAUAUCCACCCCUUCUGAGAGCUUCACCUUCUCAAAACAGCAGCAGAAGCCGGCUGACUUGUGGGGGAGUUUGAACAUUGUCACGCCUUGCGGAUUGUCAACCAUGUCCUCCUGGAAGUGACUGGCUUUGAAAAGUACCUUAUAAAAGCUGGACAUAUUAGCCCAGUGGGAGGGGAUCGUUUCCUCCCCACGGCCCUAGAGAGCCGCUCUACUGCGGCGUAGCCAUGGAGUUCUUGGCACAUUUGUCUUUAGUCUUCCCUGCACUGAUUGGGGUGAAAGGUGGGAGACAGAAGUCCAGCAUAGUAUUUGCUCUAGGCGGGUAAGUAGUGGUUGUCUCCCCACCACCUAUGGAAUAGUUCAUGCUUUCCCAGGGGUCUGGAAAACCAGCUCUUUGGUAACUGGGUCAUUGUGGACAGGCGGGUCUGUUGACGACUCUCCUGUGACCCCCUGGUCAGUUGGCCCAGCCCUGCAGCAGCGCCCUACAGCCCUGAGCGCUAUGACUUUUAGAACAAGGUCUUGGAUCUCAGGACAAAUCCCCCCUUCCCCCAAAAUUAUCUCCACCAAACUUUCCUUCUUCAGGAGCAUCAUGGCCAUUCUCAGCCAUUUGCUCCUCCGUACAACCUUUACAUUAGAUUGACAGGUUCUAAAACAAAAAAAAAAUCUUGGAAUUUUUACUAGAUUUGUAUUGAAUUUAUAGACUAAUUACAAUGUUGAAUCUUCCCAUGAACGUGAUGUAGCUCCAUUUAUUUAGCCUUUUUAAGUGUCUUUUAAUAAAGUUUCAUAAUUUUCUCCAUAAA